GCGAGCGGCGGCAGUGUGUAAUUCGCCCUGCGACGACUAGCGCGCGCGUUUCCCCCGCGUGACUCUACGUAUAGUAGUUGUGCUCUUCGCGCGCACACCACUACCACAACUAUUACUACUACUACUACUACUACUACUACUACAACAAUAACAACAACUGUUACUACCACUACCAUAUUAUUAUAUCUAUAUAGUACUGCCGGUAACCGGCCCGCUUCAGAUCAGUCUACUACCGUAAGUCGGCCGGUGUGUGCGUGCUCGCGCGUGCGAUUCGUCGAGCGGCAAAAUACAGGAAAAAAAUAUAACAAUUUCAAAAUCGAACUGACUUUACCGAUAUCGGGAGACGCGACCCGCGUGUGGCGUUUGCGUGUUAGCGGCGCUUUUGAUUUCACUCUUAUCUUAUCGUAGGUACGCGUAUCGUCGUCGUCAUCGUUAUUACUUAUUGCUAUUAAGUAUUAAUUAUUAUCGAUUUAAUUAUAAUUGGUUUUUUAACUAUAUUAUGGUUGUAUAGAAAUCAAAGGUGAUCGGUUUUAAUUAAAAUUUUUUUUUUCACCGUCUCUUAUCAUCUCGCCGCCCGAUUAUAACGCCUUCGUUUAAUAUCAUUAUUAUUAUUGUUGUUGUCGCCGUCGUCCGUCAAUCGUUCUUUAUUUCUUUUCGAUCAGUAUAAAUCUUCGUCGCAGACCGCUGAUCGUUGGAUGAUGGCCGUUCGGCCGCCGGCGCCGCGCAAACCGCCGGCGUAAAGCCGGGACGGGAGUUUCGCCAAAGUCGAGUCACUCCAAUCCCCCGCCCACGCACCCCGUGGGGCCAAGUCGGGUGAGAAGAAAUCGCAACAGAGUUACACCUUCACACGAUGAACACAGCGACGGCGGUGGCGAUUUGGGUGCUGCUUCUGCACUCGGCCACGAUCGGUUUCGUGACUCCGGUGGAGGUGCAUUUCGACAACCCAGACGGAGGGUUCUUCGUCCGACACCCAAUUGGUGGCGGUCCCGGCAAUAACCGACAGCAACAACAGCAAAUGGGCGGCGGAAGCGAAGAUGACGACGCCGACGACGAUGUCGGCGGCGGUGCUGUGCUCAGCGUGGAUAGAUUCACCGUGUUGCAGGACGUACCGCAGACAUCGAUCAGGGCGAGUUAUGGGCCGUUCUCUACCAAGCAAACGGUACCGUCGCGUUACCUGAUACCAGAUCCGAACUCGGCCGGGAUGUCCGGCGGCGUUAAUGGUUCCGGUUCGUCGGUCGGUUACUCGUCGGCCGUUGACAUAUCUUCGAUGGACGUGUCCGCACACCUGGUACAGAGGCGCGUGUACCGCGAGAACCCGGUGGUCCGGACGCUGUUCCACGUCGGCUACAGCGUGGUCAGGUCGCAGUCUGCCGGUUCCGGUCCUCCGCCUCCGAUGCCGCUGUCCACCGCGGACGUGGUCGGUGGUGGUUCCGCACGGUCGGCCUCCGGCUCGUCGUCAUACGGUAAACUGUGUGCAGUGGCAAAGGCCACGUUCGAGGGAGCUGAGCGGCCGGUCACUGCCGCGUGCAAGCCCGACCCCAAGGACGGCGUUUGCACCGCUCGGCUCGUGUUGCCGGCCAAAUGGUGGCCACCGCUGAACCCGCCGGACGCCAAGCCGGUCAAGACGCCGCAGCGGUACGUACAGAUCUCGUACGCGCUGCUCGAGUCCGACCACCGGUGCAGUCAGUCGGACGUGCAGCUCCAGCCGUUCACUUACAUCGGACAGGCGGCCUUGGAGCACGCCCAGCGCCCGUACAAGGAGCUUAAGACGGACGCAUACCUGUUGACUCUUGUCCCGUCCAUUCCGCUCUAUCCAAAGUCGUUCACGUACGUGCCCGUGUUUUUCGACGCCGGACCCAAGGAGCAGAACAUCAAAGGGUUUAUUCUCAGGGCCAAAGUGAAGAACGGGCUGCGUGUGUUGAGCGCCGAAAACAGUGACCCGGAACGAUGGAUCAUCAACUACACAUCAAACCCGAGGGGCACUCAGAUCACCGUGACGGCUGUGCACAAGGGGCUACCCACGAACGCCGGGGCUACGUGGCCGAACUCUCGUUACGAGGAGGUGUUGCAGUGGUUGCUACAGGUGGACUCGGAGGCGGAGGACGUGUGGGAGGAGGGUCGGGUGGUUUGGACCGUGCAGUACGUCAUGGAGGCGGCAGGUAACGUGACCAACUGGACGUCGGCCGCAGCCGUUCAGGGAAGCCAGCCCAAGGUCGACCGUCACCGCGCGGCGUACAAACAUCACCGGCGGCAGGCGGCCGUUCUGGCCGGACGGAGGAGGACGGCCCGACUAUCUGGUGCCGCGACUAAGAUGCUCUACCUGGAUGGCGUCAACGGCGUGUUGGACGGCGUCAAGCGCAAGAUUUCCGCCCGGUUCGAGAUACACAAGGACGACACCGAAGCCGUACUUCCCAUAUCCAAGAACUGGGAAAUAAUCAACACGGCCGUAUUGACUGGAAAGCAGAUAUCGCACGCGAUGAAGGUGUUCGUGGUCAGCUACGCGGGCAAAAUAUCCGACGUCACCCGACAGUCUGUGUGUCAGAUAGAGGACGACAGCGUGCUUAAGGUCACGUCUUCAUGCAGCUCGGUGUACGUGGACGGAUCGGAAAUCCGGGGAUCGUCCAAUGCUACGGUAAUCGUGAAGUACGAAACGUAUACAGGCACGGCGCAUUUCAUCGUGUGGGUGCCAGAAAUCAAUGAAAUGGACCUAACCAUUGCCGACCAGAAACUGAAUCAGAUCAAAGGCUGGCGGGUACCGGUGAGCCUAGAAGCUGAUGACGACAUGGACGAUUACGUCAACAAGUUGAAAAGGUCCGCCGAAGGCAAAGGUGGCGCACACAUGAAAUCACCGAUGCCGGACGGCGAUUUCCGGUUGAACGAAAUGAUCACCGAGGAUAUGGUUGCCGAUGCAUAUGACAGAAAGACCAGCUGCCAGUUAAGAUUUCAGCAGACGUCGGUCGAGAUAUAUGCCAGGUUCAAGGCGACGGACCACGACUCGGGCCGGGUGAGCUACUUCGUUAACCGUCGGACGUGGCUAAAGGUGACCGAUCUGCUGCUGCACUACCUGCGGUCGUCGGACCCGCGGGUCGCGUCCAUCACGGGUCAGAUCGUGCGUGGACACAACCCGGGCCGGACCGAGGUGCAGGUGAUCUCGGCGCUGUCUGGGCACGUGCUCGUAUCGAAGGAGAUCCGGGUGGUCAGUGACAAGGUGAGCGUGGCCCGGCUGGCAGUGAACGUCGUGUCCGGGCUGCAGCUGAACAUCCGACCGGACGCGGCCGUAGACAACAACUACAUUGCCGAGACGUCCGUGACCAGAAAGCUGACGGCCAAGUACCAGGAGGGCCUUCUAGAUAUCGACCUAUGGUUCACGGACGACACGCGCACACCCCUACGGUCGGUGGCCAUGUCCGACUACGCGCUUCGCGUUGAGUCUACCAACCCCGACGUGGUGGCGUUCGCCCCGAUGGCUGCCUCUCCGCACCCUCGGGUCAUAGCAGUGGGUUCCGGUAAGGGGCAGCUGCUGCGCGUUUCGUUCGGCCCGCCCGACGCUUGCGGCAAACACGAACCGGUGGCGAUCAGCGGGGGCCGGAAAACCGUUCUGCCGACCACGCUCAGUGAAACGGCAGCCGAAGUCCAGGUGGACUUUUCUUCGUCUCCGUACUCGGUCGAACAGUUCGUUCAGAACGACGGCGGUGGUGGCGGCGGCAGUGGCGUACUGAACGUAGGACCACCCCGCGACAAAAAGGAUCACAACAAAGACUCGACGGGAAUGGCUGGUAUUAUAGACGAAAACAACGAUGAACCCACAGUGCAAGCUCGACACACCUAUAACAACGUCGUCAACCCUAUACCCAACAAUAUUGGGAGCACAACUGUGCACGCCCACAAAGUACCCGCUCAGGUGAGCCCGUUUGAACUCGGAAUGUAUACCCUGUUGGCGGCUCUGUGCUUCGCCAUCGUGGCGUUCGUCAUAUCAUGCGUCGUCUACGCAUCCAAAUACAAACAGAACUCGUUGGAAAUGCCCACUACCACAUUGAUGACGAAAUCGUUCAUGGGUAACAUGAACGGAGCUAAGGAUGGUGGUGGAGGCAUUGGUGGUGGUGUCGGCAGUGCCAAACCUUUGUCAGAUGAACCGACCAUGAACGCCCAUGAUUGGGUGUGGUUGGGCAGAUCAACGUUGGAACGUUCGUCCGGCAUGCUGGUACCGUCCAUGGGCAACAAAUCACACAACAACAACAAUAACAACAAUAAUAACAACAACCAAAUCAACGAGCACAAUAUGAGAAUCAUGUCAAACCCCAUUUAUGGCGUGGACAACAACGGUAGUGGUAACAUCGGUAACCACCAGCAGCAGCAGCAGCAACAGCAGGUUUGCAGCAGAAAUCCUCCUCCACAGAUCAAUACUUCCACGUACAGCGUUAAGGACCGGCUGUCCAACGGCAAUAUCGUUUUCAAUAAGUUAUGGAAAGUACUUCCAACACCGAAUGACCUGAAUCUCGAGAAACCAGCUGACUAUAGGCCACCGGUACCUCCACACAGGACGCAGUUGAACAAUGCGGACAACAUGAUGAUCGGCGACGGCGACAAUGACGAACAAGCGCCGCCACCCCCAAAACGGCAACACCAUCACCACCAUCACCAUCACCGCAACCGCAGUCAAGGUGGUGGCAGAUCUUCGUCGAUCGCUGGCAACCAUAACAACCCUAAACUUCCGGAGAGGAACUCCGACCCGCUGUUCGUGGAGUCCUGUAACCGGAGAUCGAUGGACGUAAAACGGGCGGCAAUCAUCGGGAACCCGAUGUUUGCCUUCGAUCCCGCGUCCGCUGACCAGAAACACCAGAACGCCGGAGCCAGUGACACGAUCAAACUCGACGACCUCAACCUCGGCAUGGACUAUAAACAGCUGAUGGAGUACUUUGACAACCUGAAAGAGUCAAACGCUUGAUUCGCCAUUGCCAACCACAUGCCCGUGUCGUUUCGCACUCCCUCCCCUGUUACCAGUAACCAAUAACUAUACACGCGCUCGCACCACCGCAGUGGACACCUGCACGCGGCUCAUUCGCCUUAUCCUAUCCUCGCUCCCGGCAAUCUCACUACUUCUUCCUCUAUCUUACUGUCGCACACAAAAAGUCAAUUACUUCAAAGGUUGUCGCUGUAUAAACUACAUAUAUACACCCAUAUAUAAUAAAACACUAUAAUAUUAUACAUAGGUACGCUCUAUAGUAGUUGACACCAAAAAAGUUUAAAUUUCAGCUUUAGUAUUAUAUCGAAAAAGGCGUAUAACGAUGUUAGCUGCUCUCACGCUUACGGUUGUGAGGUAAACUGUAGCCCAAAUGUCUACAGUGAACAUUUUAAAUUAGGUUGUUUUUGGUUGUUGGAUGCGUGACGGUACCUAAUGACUAUUAUUAUUAUUAUUAUUAUUAUUACCUAUAUAAACACGAUAUCUAUUAUAGUAGAUACAUUAUUAGCCUUUGCUACUAAAUGUGUCUUCUGAAAUUUCUUUCUAAAAUAAACUUAAUUUAUUUAAAUUUAUUUACAAAAUAUAAUCUUAUAUUGAUGUUUCGAUCUAUCUACUUAAGAUUUAUUUCUCGGACUUACAUAAUGAAAAAAAAUUAACUUCUAGUUUAUAUUAUAAUAAUAUGUACCUAUUCAAACAAGCUUGCACAGUUUGUAUAAAAAGUUUAUACAAAAACAUUAGUUCCUUAACCUAAAUUAUUGUUAAAAAUAUUUGAAUCGCAAUAAUACUACAGAUAGAAAAAAAAAUUAAAA